CUUUCGAGCAGCGUUUAGUGGCUACAACCUCUUGCAGAGCUCCGGGAGCUAUCGCUGCUUCUUGCCGCUGCCUCCACCUCCAUCUCCGCCUCCGCCGCUGUGCACUCCGAGACUCCGGUGCGGCUGCCCAUCUUCCCCCUUAGCCAGACCAGUCAGCCCCGCCCGCCUUGUCCGGUCCAGCCCUCGGCCGGGGCGAUGCGCCUGAUCCAGAACAUGUGCACCAUUGCAGAAUACCCUACUCCCGGCAGCAGCGGCAGCGCCGCCGCCGCCUCCAUCGACUGCUGUCUGAGCGCAGUGUCGGGCCGCCGCCUAGUCAAGAUCGCUGUCGUGGGGGCUAGCGGAGUCGGCAAGACCGCACUGGUGGUACGAUUCCUGACCAAACGAUUCAUUGGCGACUAUGAAAGAAAUGCAGGUAAUCUUUAUACCCGGCAGGUCCAAGUAGAGGGAGAAACACUGGCAAUUCAAGUUCAAGAUACACCAGGAGUCCAGAUCCACGAACAAGGGUUGAGCUGCAAUGAACAAUUGAAUAGAUGUAUUCGCUGGGCUGAUGCUGUGGUGAUUGUCUUCUCCAUCAUCGAUUACAAGAGUUAUGAGCUGAUUGGCCAAUUGCACCAGCAUGUCCAGCAGUUACACCCAGGGGCCCGGCUGCCAGUUGUCAUUGUGGCCAACAAGGCAGAUCUGCUCCAUAUCAAGCAGGUAGAGCCACAGCAUGGACUGCAGCUGGCCAACAUGCUGGGUUGCACAUUUUACGAAGUGUCUGUCAGUGAGAAUUACAAUGAUGUCUACAAUGCCUUCCACGUCCUGUGCAAAGAAGUGAGUCACAAACAGCAGGUCACUAGCACACCAGAGAAGAGGAGAACCUCUCUCAUUCCUAGGCCAAAGUCUCCCAAUAUGCAGGACCUGAAGAGGAGGUUCAAGCAAGCCCUCUCUGCUAAAGUGAGGACUGUCACUUCAGUCUGAAAGCAGAACUUUUAAGAGAGAUUUUGGUCUUCCAAGGAAGUAGUCCUGAAGUUCCAAUCUUGGAAUGCUGAAUUCUGCUACUACAGGGUCUAAGGAAGGGCUGAACCUGAGAGGCUGAGAGCUCCUUCUGAACUGCUGCAGAAAGGGAAGAGCUGUUCUCUUGGCAGGACAGAAUCGAUGAGCCUUGAAUACGUUCAUGAAGUCGUUCUAGCAUGCGGCCAGCAGGAUAAAUGCUAUUCAGAAGGGUUGGACCUCUCUGAAUCAGUGAAAUAAUAUGUGUCGUCUUCCCCUCGUGGGCUAUGAGUGCUGUGGCUUUGUCUACACAUACCACCUUUGUAAAGAAACCAGUUGAUUGUUGUUUCACAGGAAAAUUGUUGUUUCACAGGAAAAGUAUGGACACUGUGAUGUACAAUGAGGCUAGAAGAACUCAAGUAAAGCAUUCACUUGCUUCUCUUUACCUCCCCCCUUGCCCAGAAGAAUGAUGUUGCAAUAGCAGUUUAGGUUUCCAGUGCCGAAGCACAAAAAAUUAAUUUGCAAAAUGCCAUUCUAACUUAGGGGGCAACCAAAUUCCUUCAUGAAUAAGGAACAAAAUGCUUCCUACUAAUAGAUACCACUGUUGGGUUUCUGGGCCUAAAUUUUCUGUAAGACAAACACAUACGAUUGUAAGCUUACACCAAUGCAAAAAAAAGGUACUUGAUGCUUGCUUGAAAUAUGAUGGGUGUGAUUUGCUGGGUCCAAAGGAUGCAGCGGUUGAGUCACUUAGUAAUUGUUAGUAACUGUCAGAUUGUUUUCUUUUGUUUUGGUAUCAGGUGCAGAAAAAACCAACAGGUGGAUAUCAUGUUAAUUGAUUAUUAUGUGUUUUGUAUAACAGCUCUUGGCAAUGAAGCUGGAAUGCCUUCUAGGCUUGGCUGAGCCAUGACUGGUGGCUAAAUGCUAAAGCACCAUCUUAGAGUGAAAAGAUGGGGGUGGGGGAGGUCAAUGAGUCCCCCAAACUAUACAGAUGCACUUUAAAAAGCCACUUGUGCUUUUGCUUAAACUGUAAUUAAUUUAUUUUAUGUACAAUAAAAAGCUCAU